AUGAUAAAGGAAAAAAGGGGCGUCAGAGAUCGAUGGAAUCUGCUUCAGAUCAAGUUUAAACGCACUCAGUGCAGGACAACUCGGAUUAAUAUUAAUCGGAUUAAUAUUAAUGCUAAUGAUUAUUAUAAUCCAGUAAUAGAUUAUUAUAAUCCAGUGAUAGAUUGUUAUAAUCCAGUAAUAGAUUAUUAUAAUCCAUUACUGAGGUUUGAGCCGUGCCUAGAUCAAUUAGGAUUACUAUUAAUCUUAUGUAGGAUUAAUAUUAAUCAGAUUAAUAUUAAUCCUAAUAUUAGAUCCAGUAAUAGAUUAUUAUAAACCAUAACUGAGCUUUGAGCCGUACCUUAAACGAUUAGGAUUAAUAUUAAUCUGAUAAAUAUAAUCCCACAUAGCUCAAAUUUGUACAAGUCUCUCAAUAAAGAAAAAUUAAUAUUCUAUUCUAACCACGACGAAUUUGCUACUUGUGCUAGUAGUUUGUGAACAAAACUCUUAAUUACAUUCAGCCAGUAACCGCACUCCUUAUUAUACGUUAUUAUAUUUUAGUAGCAGAAGUCGGCAGUUGUCUCAGCUCUUCUGGUAAUACAGUUGCAACUGAAUUUUUUGCAGGGCCAUGAAGAUUUUUAACGUAGAAUAGAAUAAAGAUCUUAAGUAUAAAUAAAAAAAAAAAAACAAAGUGAAAGGGAUGUCAGUGCGCACAUCAUCAGAGGAAAUCCUUGAAUCUUUUCCAGUUAUUUCUAAAAGACUCAGUCUUUCUGAGUUUGAUCCAUAGAGAUAGUUAUUUCCCAGGGAGCAUUUCAUGAUUUGGACCGUCUGCGUAUAUGCUGGACUUAAAGUAGGAGUUUGUGUUAGAGGACUGGGUUUCAGGAUUGGUGUCAUAGAAGGAGCCAUUGUUGUUGAUGGGUUAGCUGGUGGCAUCCACGAAGGCGUAUGAUUGACUGAAGUGUUGGCACCAAUUUCAGCUGGACGGAAGAACUCUAGAGUUAUGUUGGCAAGUGACCUUGCAGACAACAUAUCCUGUAUGCGUUGAUAACGAUACUUUAUACAUGCCUUGUCAUUCAAUUUAACAAGAAUGUCGCCAUCUCUAAUCUGGGAGAAUGAUGCCGACUGUUCGACAGCUUCAACAAUCCAGCCUCCUCCAAUUAUUGUUUCCGGUGCUGCACUCACCCGGAUUAUAAUAGAGAUUAAUAUUAAUCCGGAUGAUUAUUAUUAAUAAUAAUCUAAUCCUUCCAAUUUUUGCCGUGCCUUAAUCUAUUACUGGAUUAUAAUAAUCUAUUGCUGGAUUAUAAUAAUCUAUUACUGGAUUAUAAUAAUCUAUUACCGGAUUAUAAUAACCAUAUUAUAAUCUAUUAUUAUUAUAAUCCACGGAUUAAUAUUAAUCUGAGUUGUCCUGUCAGUGAGAAGAGCUUCGAGUUAGUGGAAUCGAUUGUGAGUUGUCCGAAAAGGAUGCGCUCAUAGAGGAGCUAUGUGAGAAAGAAGAUAGCUUUUCCGCUAAAGAAAAGAAAAUGUCAGACGAUAAAGAGGCAGCUGAAGAAAUCAGAAAGAAGAACAUGGGGCGUAUGGCCUCGAAAAAAAAAAAUGAAGUGAAUCAGCUGGAGGCAGCACUAAAAAGAGCCGGAGAAGCGGAGGCGAUGCUUUUGAAUUCUUGA